CAGAGAAACGUUUCAUUUUGUUUAUGCAGAGCAGCAGAUGGAUUCCACGUACUAUGACGGAGGAAAAGCAGGCACAAAGAGAAAGAGUAGAACUUUGAUUUUCAUCUGAUUUGAGGGUUAAGUAAGGCUCAGAGGUCGUGAACUCUCUAUUGGGUUUGUUGCUAAUUUGCUGGAGAUUGAAAGGUGGCCAAGAUAAGUGGUUCUUUUGCUCGAUUUGGUGUGGUCAAUGAGGGAUGUCUGUUGUGGGUUCUUGAGAGCCAUUGAUGAAAGUUGAUGUAUAAAGUAGUUGCAGGUUGCUUCGAGAAGACAAUACCUUUAGGCCAUGAGCAUGAAGCAAGGGACGCCACCAUCUUCAACAAAGAGUGAAAGCAAAGUUUCUGGUAAUAUGUCACAGCCAACACCACCAUCUUAUCUCAGAGCUUCAGCUUCUUCCAAAGCAAAGGAGUCUCCUAGUCCAAGGCCAUCAAGAGCAAAGUCAGUCUCCCCAGAUGUGAAUUGUGACAAUUCCAGGAGCAUUAGGAGGUCUCUUUUGCUCAACAAGCCUAAAUCUGGAGAGUUAAUGUUGGGAUCUCAGAAAAGUAAGGAACUUGAAGAGACUAAAGUUGUGGGUAGGCCUGGAAACCGGCAGGUUGCUGAGCAAUUUGUAAGGCCAAGGCGGCAGAGGCCUGCGGAUCCUAAUUCCAAUAGAAAUGAAGAAGACCCACAUGAGAAAAACAGAGAAUUGCAGGAAAAACUUGACAUGAGUGAGAGUUUGAUCAUGAAUUUGCAGGCUGAGGUGUUGGCCUUGAAGGCAGAGUUGGAUAAGACUCAGUGCUUGAACGUGGAGCUGCAGUCACAGAACAAAAACCUCACUGAGAAACUAGCUGCUGCUGAAGCAAAGAUAGCAGCUUUUACCUCUCGUGAACAGCGGGAGACAAAUGGAGAGUACCAGAGCCCUAAAUUUAAAGACCUUCAGAAACUCAUUGCCAACAAAUUAGAACGCCCAGUAGUAAAGAAAGAGGCAGUCAAAGAAAAAAGUGCUAAUAAAACACCAGCUCCAGCACCAACUGGUACAAUUCCUAGAGUUGCAGCCACCCAAUCUGGGCCACCACCUCCGCCCCCACCACCACCAUCAGUUCGAUCCCCGACCCCACCACCACCUCCACCUCAGCCCUCAGUGAGAACAACUACCAGUGCCACUCAGAAGGCUCCAUCCCUUGUAGAAUUUUAUCACUCAUUAAGAAAGCAAGAGGUGAAGAGGGACUCUCCAGAAUCUAGAAACCAUCAUAAACCAUCGGCUAUUAGUGCACAUAAUAGCAUAGUCGGAGAGAUUCAAAACCGUUCAGCACAUCUGUUAGCUAUAAAAGCAGAUGUUCAAACAAAAGGAGAGUUCAUAAAUGACCUUAUCCAGAAGGUGCUGGUUGCAGCAUAUACUGAUAUAGAAGAUGUCCUAAAAUUUGUGGAUUGGCUUGAUGGAGAACUCUCAUCCUUGGCUGAUGAACGGGCUGUCUUAAAGCAUUUUAAGUGGCCUGAGAGGAAAGCUGAUGCCAUGCGAGAAGCUGCAAUAGAAUAUCGUGACCUUAAAAUGUUGCGAAGUGAGAUUUCUUCUUAUAAGGAUGACACUGACAUUCCAUGUGCAGCUGCCUUGAAGAAGAUGGCUGGCUUAUUAGACAAGUCGGAGCGAAGUAUGCAAAGGCUAAUUAAGUUAAGAAACUCAGUUAUGCGUUCUUAUCAGGAAUUGAAAAUUCCAAUCGAUUGGAUGCUUGAUUCUGGGAUUGUGAGUAAGAUAAAGAAGGCUUCCAUGAAUCUGGCUAAUGUUUAUAUGAAGAGGGUGACGAUGGAGCUUGAAUCCAUUCGGAAUUCAGAUAGAGAAACAAGUCAAGAAUCUCUUCUGCUUCAGGGCGUGCAUUUUGUAUAUAGGGCUCACCAGUUUGCUGGAGGUCUAGACUCUGAAACAUUAUGUGCUUUUGAAGAAAUAAGACAGCGAGUACCGGGACACUUGGGAGGUUCUCAAGAGCUGUUGGCUGGCAUAGCAUCUUCCUAACAAGCUGCAAUGAGAGACUUCCUGCUGCCAAUUAUAAGUUUAUAAGAAAGUUAAGCAUUUUCUUCAUUUUAUUUUUUUGAAGUUUACAAGAACCCCAGCUGCAAACAGAAGUCGAAUAAUUGACUGCAAAAGGUUCAAAAUCCAGUUUUGUGAAGCAUUGAGAAGUGAAGAAUGUUGAAUCACUCAGAGGCUACCUAAAACCGGCUUUCCAGGCCGACUACUGAUGGCAUGGACAUGGACUCUUCACCAAUCAAAGCUCCUACUAUGAUCAACUGACUAUGGUAACAGUUGCUGUAAAAGAUCUCCUACUGAUUAUACUUUCUGCUUUUUGUGUAUAAUAUUAAACAAUGUUCACUGUAUUUAAUCUUCUUUUGUGAUAAGAUCCCAGCUCAACUGCCUGUGGCUUUAUUUUACCUUUUUUUUGUUCUCUAAAGAGAUCUAUAAAUUUAGCACUUGUAUUUUGAAAAUUGGUUGUGCAUUGCACAGGCUGCCCUAUUGUCCCCAAGAA